AUGGGAGGUCCGGACACCAUCGUCUUCAGCAACAGCGACGGAGCCAAGAAGACGCUGCGGAUGAUGGAGCAGCUGACGGAUCAUCACUAUGAGAUCCUCACGGUUCCGGAAGAAGCCGCUGCAAACUGCAUCUUCAUCAAAGGAGCGAGCAACCGAGACUUUCUGAUCCACCGUCCGCCAGAGGAGGCGCCAGAGAGCACAGCGUGGUUCCAGAAGCUUCCAGACUACACGCUGCUGCCCACGGCCUGCAGCGAAGCCUCCAAACUGGGCGCCUCUCUGUCCUCGCUGUGUCUCCUCCUCAACAGAAAACACUCAUAUUUCUGA